AGUCUUUUUUCAUUCAGAUGAAUCAGCCGUCCUAAGUCUACUGGAUCUGAAGGGUACACUCUGAUGCCACAAGCCAGUGUGAGGUGAAUGUCCAAGUUGGAGGAGGAAGAGGGGCACCCUCUGGGCCACGUGAGGAGCCUGCCCUAUAGAAACAACCUGAAAAUCCAGUUCGUAGCACAAGACUUGGCCCAGGUACCCAUGAGACCAUCUCUGCGGACACCCUCGAACAUUUAGGAUGCACCAGGAGGCCAAGGAUAGUUACCCUUACAGAGCUUGAUGCUGUACCCCAAGGGGAUCGAGCACUAAUGGUAGAAAUAAAGGCAUUAUGUCAGACCGGCAGGAGGACACAUUUGAGGAUGAAGGACUUCCACAGAAAUGAUACUGUCCAGCCACACCUCACUUCCACCUGACACCUUGUCUGAUUUCUUUAUGGACAUCAUGGACUUUGAACCCUGUAACCCGGAAAAGAAGUUGUGCCCUAGGCCAUAACCAUAUCCUCUUACCAAGAUCACGCCAAGUCCAAGGACUUAGCCCUUGUCUGGUGCCAUCUAGGACUCCAAGGCCUCAGAAAUUUACCUACCUGACGGGCAAGAAAUCUCAGUUCUGAGCCUGGCUCUGCCAUGGACUUGCAAUAUGACUCUGGGUACCUCCUUUACCCUUCCUUGGCCUUAGUCUUCCCAUCUGUUCAGUGGGGACGGUGAUCCCUGCCUAGCCCAUGAACGUGAGCAUGUUUCAUGAAUUCUGAAGAGCUCUGUGUCUGAGAGAGGAGCUGUUGCUAUCAGUCCAGUUGCCAAGGACCAGCUCCUCAUGGACCCUGUUAGCCUCCAGCUGGGCACCAACCACCUGUGGAGCUGGCUUGUGAGCCUGCUCAGCAAAGACCCAGAAUGGCUGAAUGCCAAGGUGAAGUUCUUCCUCCCCAAGAUGGACCUGAGCUCCAGGAACAAGGCCGAGGAUGCCACACAGGGUAUCAUGCUACAACUCAGCAGACUGCACACUCAAGAUCAGGCCACUUGGCAGGCGUUCAUCCAUUGUGUGUGCAUGGAACUUGAUGUCCCACUGGACCUGGAGGUGCCGCUGCUGAGCACUUGGGGCCACGGAGACGGGUGGCCCAGCCAGCUGGGAGCCGGUGAAGAAAGCCAACCUGAAUCCCAGCUCCACCAUGGGCUCAAGCGGCCUCAUCAGAGCUGUGGGUCCUCACCCCGCCCAAAGCAGUGUAAGAAGCAGCAAGUAGAGCUGGCCAGGAGCUACCUGCAGCUGCUGAGAACUUCUACCCAGCAGCGCUAUGGCAACAGGAUGCCCGGGCCAGGGCAACCCCUCGCCCUCCAACAGGCCUACAUCCCCCCGAUCCUGCAGUGGAGCCGGGCCACAGCACCCUUCAACACUCAGGAGGGGGCCAUCCUGGGGAACUCCACGGCAGAAGACUAUAGUGAUGCGAGCCUCCGGGAUCUCUUCAACACCAAGGCUGACAAGGGCCCGAAGGUGACGGUGCUCCUGGGGAAGGCGGGCAUGGGCAAGACCACACUGGCCCACCGGCUCUGCCAGAAGUGGGCAGACGGCCAGCUGGACCGCUUCCAGGCCCUGUUCCUUUUUGAAUUCCGCCAGCUCAACCUGAUCACAAGGUUCCUGACACUGCCCCAGCUCCUUUUUGAUCUGUACCUGAGCCCCGAGUCAGGCACUGACUCCGUCUUUAACUACCUGGAGCAGAAUGCUAAUGGAAUCCUGCUGAUCUUUGAUGGGCUGGACCAGGCCCUCCACCUCCACUCUACCAAGGACACUGAAGAUCCUGAGGCCCCAAGUCCAGCCCUUGCCCUCUUCUCCGGACUCUGCAAAGGGACCCUCCUGCCUGGCUGCUGGGUGUUGACUACCUCCCGUCCGGGGAAGCUGCCCGACUGUCUGCCCACAGAGGCGGUCAUGGUCCACAUGUGGGGCUUUGACAGGCCGCGGGUGGAGGAGUACGCGGGCCGCUUCUUCAGUGACCAGCUGUGGCAGGAGGCGGCCCUGGCGGAGCUGAGGGACAACAGACAUCUGCAGAGCAUGUGCGCAGUGCCCGCGGUGUGCCAAGUCACCUGCCUCUGCCUCUACCAUCUACUCCCAAGCAGUUCUCCAAGCCAAGCUGCGGCCCUUCUGUCCACCGUGACUCAGAACUAUGUGCAGAUGGUGUCUAUCCUCGGCCCCCGGGCGCCCCUGUUUCCUGAGUCCCUACUGGGCCUCAGUGAGGUGGCCCUGAGGGGAUUGGAGACUGGGAAGGUUAUCUUCUCUGUAGGAGACAUCCCUCCACCCAUGAUGGCCUUUGGGGCUGCCGUCGGCUUGUUGACCUCCUUCUGCAUCUGCACAGGCCCUGGGCACCAGGACACAGGCUAUGCCUUCACCCACCUCAGCCUGCAGGAGUUUUUUGCUGCCUUGCACCUGAUGGCCAGCCCCGAGGUGGACAAAAACACACUUGCCAACUAUGUCACCCUCAGUUCGCGCUGGGUGCUGAGGACCAAAGCAAGACUGGGCCUCUUAGACCACCUCCCCACCUUCCUGGCAGGGCUGGCAUCCCACGCCUGCUGUCCCUUCCUCUGCCAAGUGGCACAGAGGGAUGAGGUGUGGGUGGGUGCCAGGCAGGCUAAGGUGAUGCAGGCCUUGAGGAAGUUGGCCACCCGCAGGCUCACAGGACCGAAGGUGGUGGCACUCUGUCACUGUGUGAGUGAGACCCAGGAGCCUGAGCUGGCCAGCCUCAUGGCCCAAAGCCUCCCCUGUCACCUGUCCUUCCACAAUUUCCCCCUAACCUACGCUGACCUCGCUGCCUUGAACAACAUCCUGGGACACAGGAACAGCCCCAUCCAACUGGGUUUUGAAGGCUGCCCCCUGGAGCCCCACUGCUCUGAGGCCUUGGUGGGCUGCAAGCAGGUAGAGGAUCUCAGCUUUAAAAGCAGGAAGUGUGGGGAUGCCUUUGCAGAAGCCCUCUCCAGGAGCCUGCCGACAAUGGGGAGACUGAAGAAGCUGGGGUUAGCAGGAAGUAAGAUCACUUCCCAAGGCAUCAGCCGUCUGGUGGAGGCUUUGCUCCUCUGUCCACAGCUGGAAGAGGUCAGCUUUCAGGACAAUCAGCUCAAGGAUUUGGUGUUGCUGAAAAUUGUGGAAGUUCUUCUUGGUUUGCCACGGCUCCAGAAGCUUGACCUGAGCCGCAACAGUGUCUCCAUGUCAACCUUACUCAGCUUGACAAAGGUAGCAGUCACAAGCCCUACUGUCAGGAUGCUGCAGGUCAGGGAGGCGGACCUCAUCUUCCUUCUUUCCCCACCCAUAGAGACAGCUGCAGAGCUUCAAGGGGCAUCAGACCUACAGGGAAAUGCCAGCCAGAGGAAAGAGGCUCAGAGAAGAAACCUAUCACUCAGGCUUCAGCAGUGUCAACUUGGAGCCCAUGACGUGCAGGAACUCAUAGCCCAGCUCCAGGGAGGCCCCCACCUGGACGAAGUGGACCUCUCAGGGAACCAGCUGUACGACGAAGGCUGUCGACUGAUGGCAGAGGCCACAGCCCAGCUGCACAUCGCCAGGAGUCUGGACCUCAGUGACAACGGGCUGACUGUGGACGGGGCGCACCAGGUGCUGAGCGCAGCGAGUACGUGCCGGACCCUAGCGGAGCUACACAUCAGCCUGCUGCACAAAACUGUGGUCCUCACGUUUGCCCCGGAGCAGGAGGAACAGGAAGUGAUCCAGGAGAGGGCUGCACUCGGUGACAGCCUCAUGCACCAGAGCACCUGUGAACUGUCCCCGCGCUCCACAAGGAUCAGGCUGACACACUGUGGCUGGCAAGCCAAGCACCUAGCACAGCUCUGCGAGGCGCUGGGAGGAAGCUGCUGCCUCAGUCACCUUGACCUCAGUGAGAACGGCUUGUCCCUGGAUGCGGUGUUCGCUUUGACCCAGUGCUUCUCGACUCUGCAGUGGCUUCUCCACCUGGACGUCAGCUUUGAGAGCCAGCACAUCGUCCUGAGAGGUGACAGAAGAGGCAGGGAUCGGUUGGCUGGUGGACCUUUGCCAGAGUUGCUAGCUGGAGCCCUGUUCUUGGCUUCUGAUCUACGCUGCGUCCCCAGGAGCUUCUGCCUCCAGCAGUGUUUACUGGAGCCCCAGAGCCUCACCCACCUCUGUGACGCUCUGGAGAAGUGCCCGGGGCCGCUGGAAGUCAAGUUGUCCUGUGAGGCCCUGAGUGACCAGAGCCUGGAGACCCUGCUGACGCGCUUGCCGUGGCUUCCCCAGCUCAGCCUGCUGCAGCUGAGUGAGACAACGCUGUCCCCAAGGAGCCCCCUCCUGCUGGCCAACCUCUUCAGCCUGUGCCCACGGAUUCAGAAGGUGGAUCUCAGGUCCCUGAAUCACACAACCCUGCACUUCAGGUCUAGCGAGGAGCAGAAAGGCGAGUACUGUGGCAGGUUCACGGACUGUGGCCUCACUCGAGAGCACGUGGAGCAACUCUGCUGGUUGCUGAGUGAAUGUGAAGACCUCAGCCAGCUGGACCUCUCAGCAAACCUGCUGCGUGAUGACGGGCUCAGGUGCCUACUGGAAUGUCUGCCUCAGUUGCCCAUCUCCGGUUCUCUUGAUCUGAGUCACAACAGCAUCUCCGUGGAAGGAGCUCUGUGUCUGGUGAAGGCUCUCCCCUCCUGCCCCCGCGUCCGGGAGGCCUCUGUGAGCCUGGGCUCUGAGCAAAGCUUCUGGGUCCACUUCUCCCGACAGGAGGAGGCCGGGAAGACACUAAGGCUGAGCCAGUGCGGUUUCAGGCCCGAGCACUUGCCCAGACUGGCUGCCAGCCUGAACCAGGCCCCGGAGCUGACAGCGCUCACGCUGACCCAGUGCUGCCUGGGCCUGGAGCAGCUGACUGUUCUCCUGAGUCUGGUGAGGUGGCCGCUGGGGCUGUUGAAUCUCAGGGUGGAGGAGCCAUGGGUGGGCAAAGCCGGCGUCCUAGCGCUGCUGCAAGUCUGCACCCAGACCUCAGGCAACAUCACUGAACUAAGCAUUUCCGAGAGCCAGCAUCAGCUCUGUCUCCAGCUGGAGUUUCCCCGUCAGGAGAACCCAGAGGCUGUGGCCCUCAGGUUGGCUCAUUGUGACCUUGGGACUCAGCACAACCUUCUUGUCUGUCAGCUGAUGGAGACGUGUGCCAGGCUGCGGCGGCUCAGCUUGUCCCUGGUGAGCCUCUGUGACACCAGCUCCCUGCUGCUGCAGAGCCUCCUGCCGUCCCUCUCCGAGCUGAAGACCUUCCGGCUGACCUGCAGCUGUGUGAGCUCCCAGGGCCUGUCCCACCUCACAUCUGGUCUGAACCACUGCCCCCACCUGGAGGAGCUGGACUUGUCCAACAAUCAACUUGGCGAGGAGGGCACCACAGUGCUGAUGGGGGUCCUGGAGGGCAAGUGCUGGCUGAAGAGGCUGGACCUCAGCCAUCUCCCACUGGGCAGCUCCACCCUGGCCAUGCUCACUCAAAGACUAAGCCACAGGACCCUCCUGCAGAGCCUCCGCUUGAGCCACAACCAGAUCGGAGACACUGGAGCCCAGCACUUAGCUGCCGUCCUGCUGGCGCUGCCCGAGCUCAGGAAGAUAGACCUCUCAGGAAAUGGCAUUGGCCCCGCUGGGGGAGCACGCUUGGCAGAAUCUCUCACCCUCUGCAGAAACUUGGAGGAGCUGAUGCUUGGCUGCAAUGCCCUGGGGGAUGCCACAGCGCUUCAGCUGGCCUGGGGGCUGCCCCGGCACCUGAAAGUCCUGCACCUGCCAUCUAGCCGUCUGGGCCCAAAGGGGGCGCUCAGCCUGAUCCAGGCCCUGGAUGGAUGCCAGUAUGUAGAAGAGAUCAGCUUGGCAGAGAACAGUCUGGCCAGAGGGUUCCCGCAAUUCUGUCAGGGGCUCCCACUGCUCAGGCGGAUAGACCUGGUUUCAUGUGAGAUGGAUGACCACACUGCCAAGCCCCUCGCUGCCAGCCUGCUGCUCUGCCCGGCCCUGGAAGAAAUUCUGCUGUCCUGGAAUCUGCUUGGUGACGAGGCAGCUGCCAAGCUGGCCGGGAUCCUGCCGCAGAUGGGCCGGCUGAAGAGAAUGGACCUGGAGAAGAAUCGGAUUACGGCUUGUGGGGCCCGGCUCCUGGCUGAAGGGUUGGCACAAGGGUCUGGCAUCCAAGUCAUUCGCCUCUGGAGUAACCCCAUCUCCCCCAACAUGGUCCAGCGUCUGCAGAGCCAGGAGCCCAGGCUGGACUUCGCUUUCUUUGACAAGCAGCCGAAAGCCCCUUGGGGUACUUGAUGGCCCCCUCAAGAGCCUUCGAAUCCAGCCAAGUGAAGCCAGCUUCUACCCACCAGGACUGAGGGCUCAGGCAAAGAGCCACAGCAGGGUCGCUGCAUGCUGCCCGAGGAGGGCGGAGCAUACUUGUCUUGCUACAGUCUUCCAGAAGGGACCAGAAGCCUCGUAUGGCCAGUAGACUACCCUGCUGCAUAUCACGUGAGAUAUGCAUGGUGAGCUGGGGACAUGCUGCACAAUGAGAAUGUCAUGAUGCUAUGUGUGGCACAGAAGGUGACCCAUGGCAGAACGCUAUGUGACGUUACAUAGAGCUUGUGUGGCCUCUGGGUCACUGUCACGGGUCCUAGCAUCGCACAUGGCACGACAUAUGAUUUGUGGUUCAGAGAUGACAUGUGACAGAUGCUCAUAUCAUAUGAUAUGUGCUGGCCAGAUAUACUCAGGCUGGUUCAAAAUCUAAUUUAUUACUUUUUAAAGCCAAGUAUUUUUAUAUAUUGCAUUUCCAGGGCAUCUAAGCUAGGGAAUGUCCUCCACCCAGAACCGGAGAUGGGGAGAGUGUCCAAGCACUGACCAGCCCAGUGACCUGAGAACCAAGCCAGGGACUUAGCCAUGAGGCUUUUGGAUGAGUCCCCUCCUGCCUCAAGCCUCAGUUUUCCCAUUCAUAAAUGGGAUGAUGCCCUCCUCCUAAACACUAGUUUCCAAGGACUUUGGGCCCAGGGUCACGUACAGUCCUUGGGAAUGGCCAGGCCUCCUCUGACCUACGUCUGGGAAGAAACCGGGGCUCAGGGUGUGGGGAUAGGCACAACCAAGAUAAGCAGGCAAGGCCACUGGGUCCAGUCACUACCUCAGCAGGAUCCGGGUGAGUUCCCAGGGCCUGCACGUGCUACAUCACACUCUUAUUACUUCCAAGGAUGGCACUGCUACGCUCUAAGCCAAAUUGGACCAAUAAACGUGGAUGGUGUCGCAGCCUCUGCCCUGAGCCUGAUGUGUCCUGGUAACUCACCAGGUCAGAAAUGGUUCACGCCCUGCCCCAGGGACUGGAGAGCAGGACAGACCACAGAGAGGUGAACCGAGAGGAGCACUGGCCCAGGAGUCCAGAGACGUGGGGUCCACUCCAGACUCUGUCCCCGUAUGGUCACAGGCUCCCGGGCAAGUUGCCUUCUCUCUCCAGAUUCAGCUGUACCAUGUGGGUAUUAUAGAAGCUCAAAGUGUUAGAAACAUUCUUUGUUUGACCUGCAUUAUAUUUAAACUCUUUUCUGAA